AUGGAGCAGGACAGUGCCCCAGCCAAACGUCUGGUCCCUCCUUCAGUUGGUACCACCGCUAGUCCAACAUGCGGCGCAGGUCAGUACCAGUGCCCUCAAAGCAACUGCAUACCAAUGAGCCAAGUGUGUGACUUCCAAAACGACUGCUUUGAUGGCUCUGACGAAACCAACUGUGGACCUUGCACCUUUGAGAAUGACCUUUGCAGCUGGCAGGACAUAAGUUCUGGAAUAUUCCAGUGGAACCGAGGGGCUGCUAACACGUCCUAUGGCCCAGCCACAGACCACACGUCCAAUUCUCGCAUCGGCCACUAUGCAUUUGUUCAAGGGGCAGUGGGUGUUUUCCCUGAUUAUGCCAUUCUGUCAAGUCCAGCCCUGCCAGCAGCCUCUGCCAAUUGUGAAAUGAAUUUCUUUUAUUAUAAUUCUGGAACUCAGUUCCAAGUUACUUACUUUGCCAAUGGAAGAAAACUGACACUUUGGGUGAAUAGUUUGGAUACUACCAACCAGUGGAAGCAAGGUACAGUUUAUCUUGGUCAAAGAUUUGGCCCUCAACAGGCUGGCUUCCGUCUGAGGUUUGAAUCUUUGCCAAGAGGUAAUGCACUCAACAAUAAUGCAAUCAUUGCAGUAGAUGAUGUUACCUUCUCAAACUGUAAAGUUGGUGCCGCUCUACCGACUGCAACGUGUAACUUUGAGACUGAUUUCUGCUUGUGGGGUCAAGACCAAAACGAUCAAUUUGAUUGGACAAGGAUAAAUGGGUCAACACAAUCCGUUGGCACAGGUCCAAGUGGUGAUCAUACUUCUGGCUCUGGCAGUUACAUUUAUAUUGAAACAUCAUCCCCUCGAGUAAAAGGUGAUAUUGCCCGGCUUACGUCUGCUAAUUUCCCGCCAACUUCCAGCCAAGGCACAUGUCUGUCAUUCUGGUACAACAUGUUUGGUCCAUCCAUAGGAACGCUAAACCUCUACCUCCAAACAAGCAGCAAUAAGACUCUGUUUUGGUCCAAGUCUGGAACUCAAGGAGAUGCAUGGAACCAAGCCCAGAGGACCAUUGUUUCUAACAUUGAUUACCAGUUGAUAUUUGAAGGAAUUGUGGGUAGUGGUUACCAGGGUGACAUUGCACUUGAUGACGUCACAACGACUGCUGGCCAGUGCCCGCCAAAUCUUGCAUGCGACUUCCAAAAUGACUUUUGCAGCUGGCAACAAUCUACUACUGACAACUUUGAUUGGACAAGAAAUAAAAAUGGAACUUCCACCUUAAAUACUGGUCCACCGUAUGACCACACAUUUGGAUCAGACUCUGGUUAUUACGCAUACAUUGAAACCUCAGCACCAAAACAACCAGGGGACCAAGCCGUUCUUGUAAGCCCAACAUUUGUGAGUACUUCUCCGCAAUGCUUUAAUUUCUGGUAUCACAUGUACGGAACAACAAUAGGCAGGCUUGUAAUCCACCAAAGAAGCUUGGGCUCUUCAUCUCCCACUGAAAUCUGGAUAAAAUCUGGUGACCAAGGCAACCAAUGGAGAAAAGCACAAGUAACUGUUUAUCCCAGGGACAACGUACCUUACACUAUCGAAAUUGUUGGCUUCAAGGGCAACGGCUACACUGGGGACAUUGCAAUUGACGACCUUGUGACCCUGUCAGGGGCAUGCCCACCCACUGGUUUCUGUGACUUUGAGCGUGAUAAUUGUCAGUGGACUAACACUGGAGGUGACGAUUUUGACUGGCAGAGGGACAAAGGUGGAACUCAAACCUUAACAACGGGGCCCACAGUAGAUCACACCCUUGGCAGCUCAAUGGGAUACUAUCUGUACAUUGAGACAUCAGGAAAUAACAGAAGAAUUGGAGAAAAAGCAUGGCUGGUCAGUGAUUACCAGGACCCAAGGACAGCAGUUUGUAUUUCUUUCUGGUACCAUAUGUAUGGAGCAGGUAUUGGCAGCCUGAAUGUAUACACUAAACAGGUCUCCUCAGGAAGUAUGGUUAAAGUUUGGCAAUUAAGUGGCAAUCAAGGAAAUGUCUGGCAGCAGGCUAAUGUUGAUAUCUCUAGCAAUAAUCAGUUCACAAUUAUAUUUGAAGGUGUGUAUGGUGGCAGCUACUUAGGUGACAUUGCCAUGGAUGAUGUGCUCAUCUCCUACACCCAAUGCUCGAGUGUGACACCCAUGACAACCCAGUAUCCUGGUGUCGGGUCAUCCCCAGCCACAUACCCACCAUCACCAAUAGACUGCACAUUUGAAAUAGGCCUGUGUAGCUGGAGUCAGGACCAGACGGACACAUUUGAUUGGUCGCCUAAUUCUGGUUCAACCGCUUCUCUCAAGACUGGCCCUGCAUCUGAUCACACUCUCCAAACUAAUGCAGGCCAUUACAUGUACAUAGAAAAUUCUGGAAAAUCAGUCAAUUCAUCAGCUAGACUCUUGAGUCCCAUUCAACCUGUGGAUAUUUCUGGACUUUGUUUUAAAUUUUGCCUGGGACCUCAGUUCAAAUCAUCAUUGAAGGUCUUGCCGGUACGGCUAGCGAUGGUGACAUAG